AUCAAUGUUAGCACGCACAUUGCAGCAUAUCAUCUGCCUGUUUAGGUUCUGCCAGUAGACUGUCCAAGACGUCUGACUUCCGUUGAUCCCGAACAAUCAACGUCUUCACCCGACGAUCAUCACAAUCAAUCCAUCAUGAGCAACCGCUUCCUCGCCUACAUAGUCUACCCAAAACCCCUUACGACAUCCCAACCACCCUUUCCCUCCCUCUACUGGCCCUUUCCCGUCAAUGGCCCACAAUUCGUCUACCUCUACGACUCCGAACCGAUGUGGCGCUUCACCCUCUACUGGACGCUGAUUUGCGUGGGAGGCGUGCAUCUCGUGGCAGCGCUGUAUGCUCUGGCUAUCCAGCGGCGGAAUUGGAAGUUAGUUGGUGGGGUUGUGUUGCCGCUUUAUGUGGUUAUUGGAGCGAUCGAGGCGCUUAUUGCGGGCAAUGUGGUGGGCGGAUUGCUGAGUGCCAUCUAUGUGGCUGGCUACUUCCGCAUGUCGACCUGGAUUCCGCUGACGUGGGGUAUCACGAAUGCGCUGGUCCUGAUCACUUCUUCCUUCGCGAUUCAAGGAGGUCUCUGAAAGCUUUGGUUCAUGUCCCGUGGUCAUUGGGACACCACAAAACUUUACAUAC